AUGAGGCCUGAGUUUGCCAGCAAUCCGAACGAAAUAAUGGUCCCGAAUGCGUCCAAGAAGAGGCCCUCCUUUGCCAACGGUCCGAGAAUAGUAGUGGCGUCGAAUGCAUCCGGGAUCAUGUCUGUCACUUGUGGCGGCAGGGAACACGUUGCUGCGGAUAACACGGACGAGUUGAGUGAGCGCAGCGCCACUGGACACAAAACUCUCGUUUUAGAAAAUGGCGUUGCAGGCAGUGGACCGGCCGCUGAGGGUGAUGCGGGCGGAUUGAGUCAACGCAAUGCCUCUGGACACGAGAACCCCAAUUACGAGAAUUCACCGCGCGGUAUUCCGGGAGUGGCGGGAGUCUACACGACUGCUUUGCCCUGCUCAACGACGCGAAAUUGA